GCACAUGCGUGUGUGUGUCUGUGUCCACUCAUCCCAUCAACCAUCGAGCCACACAAAUCACACCCCACCAGCGGCAGCAGCACACUCCACACCCCGCACACACACACUGGCUAUGCAACGGCCCGACAUGUGUUCUGUUCUUCAGAAAGUGCCCCUUCCCUCCGCCCCUUAUCGACAGACACAUGUCGGUCGGUCCCCCUCUUAAAACGCGGCUAGCAGUAGUGUGUUCUGUCUGGUCGUUCUUCGUGUUUGUAUGUGUGUGCGUGUGUGGUGGCUACAGUCGUGGGAAUGGGCAGACAGACAGACAGACAGACAGACAGAGAGAGAGAGGUUUGCAGAUCAGUCGACGACGAGACGGCCAUCCAUCCCACGGGCAGCCAGACGGCCAAACAGGCAGACAGCCAUUUCGAGCAGCCAGCCACUCAAGUAGUGUGUGUGUUCUAAGUGAGGUGCGCUAUCAGUCAGUGCCACAUAGAUGGAAUGGGUUUCUCAACGGUAAUACGGCUUUGACUGCCAACCACCAAACAGACAGACAUCAGGCAACACGCAGCCAAUCAACGUCGUGCAGAGAGUCAGAGACGACGAGUGCGUUGUGAAUGUGUGUGUGGAGAGUGUGGCGUACGUACCUGGCACUUGCCGUUCAGGCAGUAGCAGACAAUGAGCUCCCCGUCAGUAUUCUGGACAUGAGCGCACACAGUUCCGUCAACCUUGUCCUUGCAGUAGUCAUUCUUGGCCUCGGUGCCACAAGGAGAACCUUACUCACACCGCGCACGACAGACAGACAUAUGUAUGCGUAUUGCCCGCCCCCGCGCAUCGCUUACCCGGCUGCGUGUUGCCUCCCUACCCCUUGGUGAAGGCCUUCAUCUGCUGCUCGGCGGUGUGGAUGGCGUCAAGGGCGCUCGCGGCCAUCUGUUUGGCCGCCUGGCUCAUCUUGUUGGCCGCCAUCAUCAUGGUCUUGGCCUGCUGCACCUGCUGCUGCACAAACGCCGCCGCCCCAGAGCCCUCCGACAACGCACCUGCACACACAGCACAGCACCGCCACACACACACGCGAUGCACCACAGAUGCAACCAUCCAUCGCAUCUUCCCAUCCAUCCCAUCCCGGCCGCACCUGCGUUGCCCGCAGCCAUGCCGGAGAUCUCGCCCGUGCGGUCCACAAACGACCCACCUGCACACAGCAGCAGGUAGGACAGCCACAUAUGAGCCAGGAGUGAUGGGUGUGCCGUAGAUCUACCUCCCUCUCAGAGCCAACCAUUACCUACCGUCGGCAGGGCAGUCGUAUCCCUCCUCACAGUCGCCGCGCGUGGCCGUCGCCAUGGCCACUGCCGAUAUGGCCGCCAGCGCGAUGAGGAGCAAAUACUUGGUCGCCAUGCCCAUCAUCGCUGCCAACAAAGG